CUUACUCUCCCUGCGUAGCGCUGUGCUGGUAAUCUUGUGUUUUGGCUCGCUAUGGCCCGUACAAAGCAGACCGCCCGCAAGUCGACCGGUGGCAAGGCCCCGCGGAAGCAGCUGGCCACUAAGGCGGCCCGCAAGAGCGCGCCGGCCACGGGCGGCGUGAAGAAGCCGCACCGCUACCGACCGGGCACCGUGGCCCUGCGGGAGAUCCGGCGCUACCAGAAGUCGACCGAGCUGCUGAUCCGCAAGCUGCCGUUCCAGCGGCUGGUGCGCGAGAUCGCGCAGGACUUCAAGACGGACCUGCGCUUCCAGAGCUCGGCGGUGAUGGCGCUGCAGGAGGCGAGCGAGGCCUACCUGGUGGGGCUGUUUGAAGACACGAACCUGUGCGCCAUCCACGCCAAGCGCGUGACCAUCAUGCCCAAAGACAUCCAGCUGGCCCGCCGCAUCCGCGGGGAGCGGAACAUGGCGCGGACGAAGCAGACCGCCCGCAAGUCGACCGGUGGCAAGGCCCCGCGGAAGCAGCUGGCCACUAAGGCGGCCCGCAAGAGCGCGCCGGCCACGGGCGGCGUGAAGAAGCCGCACCGCUACCGACCGGGCACCGUGGCCCUGCGGGAGAUCCGGCGCUACCAGAAGUCGACCGAGCUGCUGAUCCGCAAGCUGCCGUUCCAGCGGCUGGUGCGCGAGAUCGCGCAGGACUUCAAGACGGACCUGCGCUUCCAGAGCUCGGCGGUGAUGGCGCUGCAGGAGGCGAGCGAGGCCUACCUGGUGGGGCUGUUUGAAGACACGAACCUGUGCGCCAUCCACGCCAAGCGCGUGACCAUCAUGCCCAAAGACAUCCAGCUGGCCCGCCGCAUCCGCGGGGAGCGGGCCUAAGGCUUUAUGUCUAGGUAGACGACCUAAAGGCUCUUUUCAGAGCCACCCACGUCUUUCAUAAAGAGUGGCUGUACUAGCUUUCAGUUCGGUCGGUUUCUGUUGUGCACAGCUGAAGAGGGUUGGCGGAACUCCCAGGUGUUUGGGUGGUGAGGAUGUGGAAUUAACAUUGUCCAAUGCCAGAGGGAUCUCUAGGGAUCUAGGUCGUUUUCGGCCAAGACCGCUCUUACAUUGUGACUUAACUCUAGAGAGCUUGCCUUGCUAUUUCUGUGACGAGAGUUUAGUGAGGAUAACGUGCUCUACCAGUCGUUUGUAAUGCUUAGCAAGCUGCUGUAUAACGUAAACGUUAGCACGUCUUAAUACAGAAAUUAAAUGACACGG